AGGGAGGGGCCGGCCGUGGGGCCGAUGGGCUGGGCUGGGCUGGGGGGCGCUCCCCCCGAGAGGAGGGCUUCUACCCGCGAGGGGCGCACCGACUUGGACGGGCAGAGACAUUCACGGGGCGAGAGGAGAGGGAUCCUCAGUGGCCGCUCCUCCUCCAUCGCCUGGCCUGCCUGCCUGCCUCUGAGCGAGGACGGCCCGAGGGGAGGGGAGCGUCUGCCGUGACCCGCCGCCGCUGCCAUGGGGCUGCUGUCCGACCCCUACCGCCGGCGGGCUCUCUCUCGCCUCCUCCUCCGCCUCAACGCCCCGCUCUGCAUCCUGAGCUUCCUGGCCGGGCUGGGCUGGUUCCUAGGCUUGGCCUUCCCGCCCUUCACGCUGCGCAUCUACAUGUCGGAGAAUGCCAUGGGCUCCACCAUGGUGGAGGAGUACUUCGCCUACGGGGAGCGCGCCCUGUCCUACGCCCGUGAGUUUGCUGGCCACAAGAAGAAGGCUGGGGGCAUGCCGGUGGCCUGGCUGGAGAAGACCAUGUGGAACCUGGGACUGGAGGUGUAUAAGCAGCCCUUCUCCCGGACGCUCCCCUUCCCGGAUGAGAUGCGCGAGAGAUAUAUGGUGAAGGGUACCAAUGUCUAUGGGAUUCUGCGGGCGCCCCGUGCGGCCAGUACAGAGUCCUUAGUGCUGAGUGUCCCGUGCAGCGAGGGGCAGCAGAACAACCAGGCCGUAGGCCUGAUGCUGGCGCUGGCCUCCUAUUUCCGAGGCCAGAUCUAUUGGGCCAAAGAUAUCAUCUUCCUGGUGAAUGAGCACGACCUGGUUGGUAUGGAGGCUUGGCUGGAGGCGUAUCAUGACGUCAACGUCACAGAGAUGCACUCAUCGGGGAUGUUGGGUCGAGCAGGAGCCAUCCAGGCGGCCAUCGCCCUAGAGCUGAGCAGCGAUGUCAUCACCAGCUUCGAUGUGGCUGUGGAGGGGUUAAAUGGGCAGCUGCCCAACUUGGACCUGGUCAACCUCUUUUACUCCUUCUGCCAAAAGAACAGCCUUCUCUGCACCAUCCAGGGCAAGCUGCAGCGCUCCGACUGGGACUCCCUGCCGGCCUACGCCCACUCCCUGCAAACACUGCUGCUGAUGGUGCUGAAGCAGGCCUCUGGCCGGCCUCAAGGAGACCAUGGCCUCUUCCUGCGCUACCACAUCGAGGCCAUCACCCUCCGCGGCAUCAACAGCUUCCGGCAGUACAAGUUUGACAUGAGCACGAUUGGCGCGACCCUGGAGGGGAUGUUCCGGAAGCUGAACAACCUGCUGGAACGCCUCCACCAGUCCUUCUUCUUCUACUUGCUUCCGUCGCUCUCCCGCUUUGUCUCCAUCGGGGUCUACAUGCCGGCCCUUGGCUUCCUCAUCCUCAUCUUGGUCCUCAAGGCCCUGGAGCUGUGGAUGAAGCUCAGCAGAUACGACCUGGACCCAGAUGACCGGCUCUGCGAUGGAGACCAAGGUCCGCCUCCUGUUGCUGUGGAGGAGCCCAAGCCCGGCCUGCUGAUGCUGGUGCCCCCGCUGCUGAUCUGCCACGUUACGGGCCUUGCCCUCUACUUCGUGCCAAUCCUGGGGCAGCAGGUGGCCACACAGCACUUCCCUGUCUCCGAGUCGGAGGCCGUGGUGCUCACCGUCAUUGCCAUCUACGUGGCGGGGCUCGCCCUGCCCCACAACACACACAGGGUCUUGACGGGCUCUGGAAGUGAUCGUGGCUGGAUGAUGCUGAAGCUGGUUUCCCUCUUGUAUUUGGCCGUGCAGCUGAGCUGCAUUUCCCUCAUCAAUUUCUCCCUGGGCUUCUUGCUGGCUGUCACGAUGGUGCCUGUAGCUGCUGUUGUCCAGCCUACGGGGCCCAAAUAUCUCUAUGCUGUGCUGCUGGUCCUGGUCACCCCAGCCGCCACCCUGCUGUCCUGUAUCUUCUUGUACCAAGAGCUCAUCGAGUACCCGAUCUCCGUGCUGGAGGGCUGGCAGCACUUCUUGCAGGCUAUUGCAGAAGGGUUGCUGGACCACCAUCUCUACGGGUCCAUUCUGUUCCCCUUCAUUGCCGUCUUCGUCUACCCCUGCUGGCUGCUGCUCUGGAAUGUGCUCUUCUGGAAGUAGCCUUCCCUGCCGUGGCCGCCGUGCUCAAAUUGCCCUGCCCAGGUCUCAUCUGGAUGAGACUUUCCAGAGGAAGUUGGUGGAGGCCUGCCCUCUGGUUUCUGACAAGUGAAACUUGAGGGGGUGGGUGGGUCAGGCCUGAGGGAGCCUGCAGCUGGAACUCUUUUGGGCAUGGCUGCUUUGGGGGCUUCCUGGGCUUGCUGGAUUCCAUGUCCGUACAAGCUGCAGGUACUAACCCUACAAUAGUUCUGGGUGUGGCAAGAAGGCAGCUGCCUGGAGCUCACAGGAGAGGGGAGCUGGAAGGGCCCUGCUCUAAAUUCUUGCGAGUGGAGGCAUGAGCCUCACGCUUAGGGGCACGGCGCAGGCACAGGUCCUGUACACCAGCUGUUCUUUGGUGGUUGCAACUUGCAGGUGGUGCAGAGCGCAUGCUGCAUGCGGCUGAGAAUUGGGCUCUGAUGUUAAAGUUCCCGGGGGGGGGGGAGUGAGAGAGUGGCUGUGUACGAGGUUUAAA